AUGGCCACCGUACGCCUCCUCUCAUUGCUGGUCCUCGCGUUUCUGUGCCAAGAAGGUGCCCUGGCUGCAAACGUAACAAGCAGCAAGCCGCCGCUGCCGUCAAACAAGCAGCCGCUUUCGCCCCCGCCGUCGACGCUGCCGUCAAACAAGCAGCCGGUUUCGCCCCCGCCGUCGACGCUGCCGUCAAACAAGCAGCCGGUUUCGCCCCCGCCGUCGACGCUGCCGUCAAACGAGCAUCCACUUCCGCCGCCGCCGGCGUCCAACAACCAGCCGCCAGUUCUCAUGGCUUCGGUUCUCAUGGCAGCCGAUUGCCCGUUAUACUGGAUUCACAUGCUACGUUACGUUGCGAAAACUUUUUUGGAAAAGUGGGCCUGA